UGGCAUGCUAGUGCUAGGCUGUCCGCGGCCUGGACCUGGGCUGGUUGGCAACCACCAACAUCAUCCAUCCCUCUCCUCCUUUCGCUCCCCAUCAUCAUCCAUCACCUAACAACACCCACCAAAAAUUCUUUCACUAACGAGCUUCGCGCGUCCUCGUCAUCCUGCGCCUUUUUUCGCAUACUCCUUUUUUACGGCGAUAGAACGAUUUAGCGACAGGAACUGCUGCUGCUGGUAUCGGCAGCUGCUGAUUAUCUCAUCUCCCUUGUUUCCCUUUUCUCCUCCCCUGACGGCCGCCGCCUUUGUGCCUCGUGCGGCGUGCCCCACCCGACUUCUCGCGAUUCAGACCGCAUCAACGUCAUUUCAACCUCGCUCCCGUUAAUCAACACAUCAAUAACCGACUCGACACCGCUGAGCCAUGGAUACCAAUAUGGAGGAUGUUGGGCGAGCGCCCGCUGAAGCUUCACCCGUGCUCAACUUUGAGCCUACUACGAUCCCCACCCUCGACGGUUGGAUCGAGAGCUUGAUGUCUUGCAAGCAGCUGGCCGAAGCUGACGUUCAGAGACUGUGCGAUAAGGCACGAGAAGUUCUACAGGAGGAGUCGAACGUGCAGCCAGUGAAAUGCCCCGUUACCGUCUGUGGUGAUAUCCACGGUCAAUUCCACGACUUGAUGGAGCUCUUCAAGAUUGGCGGUCCUAACCCCGAUACCAACUACCUAUUCAUGGGUGACUACGUUGACCGAGGCUACUACUCUGUUGAGACCGUCACCCUUCUUGUCGCCCUCAAGAUCCGAUACCCUCAACGAAUCACAAUCCUCCGAGGAAACCACGAGUCCCGUCAGAUCACUCAGGUCUACGGCUUCUAUGACGAAUGCCUCCGUAAAUAUGGAAACGCUAAUGUCUGGAAGUAUUUUACCGACCUCUUUGACUACCUCCCCCUCACUGCCCUGAUCGACAACCAAAUCUUCUGUCUUCAUGGCGGCCUCUCCCCGAGCAUUGAUACUCUGGAUAACAUCCGAGCUCUUGAUCGUAUUCAGGAGGUUCCUCACGAGGGUCCCAUGUGUGAUCUUCUCUGGUCAGACCCUGACGACCGAUGCGGCUGGGGAAUCUCUCCUCGAGGUGCGGGGUACACAUUCGGACAGGACAUUUCAGAAGCUUUCAACCACAACAAUGGCUUGACCUUGAUUGCUCGCGCCCAUCAGCUUGUUAUGGAGGGUUACAACUGGUCUCAAGACCGAAAUGUUGUCACCAUUUUCUCAGCACCCAACUACUGCUACCGAUGCGGUAAUCAAGCUGCUAUCAUGGAGAUUGAUGAGCACCUGAAGUACACCUUCUUGCAAUUUGAUCCAUGCCCCAGAGCUGGCGAGCCCAUGGUCUCAAGGCGGACUCCCGACUACUUCCUCUAAUCUCGUCACGUAUACCCACGUUUUACCAAAUUCGAGUCAAAUGUCGAAGUGCCAUGCCUGGUGCAACCACACCAGCCUUAAGUCCUUUGCAGCUCGACCGUGUACGAUUCCACGACGAAUUCUUCGAACGAAAACAGAACUUCAUGGAGCAUGUGUUGUACGGAUGUUACAUCUUUGCUAAUGGAGAGCUUCCGAAUAUUGCAAAGCGAUCGUAAUUUUGGAGGUACGUGCAGGGAAGGGUUGGUAGACUUGAUUGCGGCGCCCACCUCAUGGCUGCUUAGAUACGCAUAUUUGAGUUACGCGCUGUAAGAGAAAGAAACACGCAUGCAUGAUCAACACUUGUCUGUCUCUCCUUAUGAUAUGAGUAGUGAAGCGACUAAAGAGUCGAUAUCCUCACAUCAUUGGUGAACAAUAUCCCCCUCCUGAGGUCUCGCACGAUCAGGGCAUGAUGGUAGCAGAUAACGCCCAUCCCUUGGACGCUUUGUGUUGAUAUGUUGAGCUGAUCUUCAGUAUUGGUCUGACUAAGUAUUUCCACAAGUUGAUAUGUUUCGACUACCUUAAUACGCCUAGACUACAUCUCGUAUAACACUUCAGCCUAGGGUCAGUCAUGAUGUUCAAAGAUAUAUUGUUGAAACUUUACAAUCCUCUUCGGGCGCGUAGGCCACCCCCCUCUCUAUGAUGUCUUGUACAGAACAGCUUGCAUUGAAGGCGAAAACGGUCGCACAGAAUCCAUAUCCAUUCUUUAUACGCCCACAAUUGACUAUGUAUUACAAAUAGUCCAGUCGUGUAACACGAUAUUCGACAUCAAACGGUCUCUUCCUUGAGCUCCUCCUUUAGACCCGCCUCCCAGUUUCGCUGCUGCUGUUGGCGCUGCUCCGCUGUUCGUGGUCGCUCGUCAUCACCAAAGACUUCCUCUUCAGUAUUAACACGGUACAUACGCUCUUGGGUCUUUGUAUUGCGACCAGAGUAAUCGCCGGGGGCAUGGCUACCGUCGGGAAUGUGGAAGCGUCGAUCGAAUCGCGAGAGAGCGUAGGAGAAAACAACGAUGAUCUCGAUGACGUAGUUGAAGCAGUAAUAACAUGCUUUGCUGUGAUACCAGGCUGGAUCGUUCGCGGGCCGCAGCUUGAAGGAUACGCCAGUCCUGAAAGCAGCACCGAGAGAAAGCAAUAUAGUUGUGAAGAUAAGAAGCUGGAUUUUUGUUCGCAUGCGGCCUUGUCCGAAUUUGUCCAUUGGUGCUCUUCGGGGGAUAAUGAAGCACGCUCCGACAAUAGGCAAUGGGAGAAAAGCGAGAAUGGCAAGAAACGUGCUGCCGGUGAGUUGAACGUCGCGAAGUUGCUGUUUCGUAUGUGGGUUCAAAGUGUAGAAGUUAUAUACCACAGCUGUAAUUAGCAUCACAAGACUUGCAAGGAUGCAAAAGUACAAGAGCUUGAACACCAGCGAAGCAGGUCUGCUCCAUCCAAUUUGUGGAUGAUACGCCCUCAAGAUGCGCUGGGCAAAGAUCAGAUUCACAACGAACAAGAGCACAACGCCUGCGUUUGCAAACACCUGGGCAGCGAUAGCAAGACUGGUGUCAUGCGGGUUCGAAGCCCAUGCGAUUCUCAACACGUUCGCGGUGAUACGGGCCAUGCAAAAGCCGAAAAGCAAACCGCUGAGGACGAAUUUGUGAGAUCGCUUUUUGUUCAGCUGAAAGAUGGUCAUGUUGAGAAUGGCACCGCCGACGAAGAAGGCCAAAAUAACAGCACAAAUGGGAUCGUCGACGCUGGCCGUAGGUCUGCCGCCGAGACCAGCUGUCUUGGGGAGAUAGGGAGGCCCCUGGGGAGGUAUCUCGCCUGAGGUUUGCGAGGACAUCUUGUUGAAGAGAUGCUAUGUUUAUGUCGAUGACUUAUGCAUAAGAGCAGCAGGUGUUGAAUCAAUCGAAUGUAUGCCUGUUAUCGAAACGGAAGCUCAAAAUGAUGAAUGUAAGGGCACCCUGAUCUAGUUGAAAACAAACCACCCUACAAACGGGAGGAUGUCGUCUAUAUACAUACCCCUUUGUGAAUGCUCAUUCUUCAGCAACGCCAAACCAGACACUCGGUAUCGGUCAUCGGCGUCGCGAACCAGUAGAUAAAGCGUCAGGUCUCAAUUGCCCCGUUUCCUCUUUGGGCAAUGUCUAAGACGGCAUGUCGGAGGUUGACUUGAGCGC